UUUGCUUCUGUGGUGGUUAUAUUGCCUAGCAAGCACACCCAUGGUUGUGAAAAUAGUAUAGCAAAAAAAGAAAAAUCCCCAGUUAUCGAUGUGCUAGAUUUGUGUAUGUCUUUUAAACAGUUCUAGUUUCCACCUUACACGGAAUAAUCAGGAAUAAGUGUACAAAUUCAAACGUGAAAUAAAAAAUUUUAUCAGUUAGUUGCCUGUGAAUUGAUGUGUGGCACCAUCUCUAUCACUACUACCAGAACUAGCUAACUUUUUUGAUUACACUUACUUUUUGGCUCUACUCUUUAAAAGUAGGCAACCGCUUUGUGGUCAUCCUUUAGAACCAGAAGUGUCGUAAAGGGGAAGACAUUACCUUUAAUUAACACAGAGCCUAUCCACCUUCCACAACAAAGCAUCCAGCUGUUAGGGCUUCUUUGGGGGCUUCUAAGAUUUGGUACAGUUACUUCGCAUCCCAUUUAAGCCGUGUUCCUCACCCCACCCGCCUUUGUAAACCCUGAGAUGUAACCAAGACAGAGAUGGCUGCAUAAGGCCUGGGCAUCUCCAAGGUUAUGCCAGUCUCUCCUCUAUCCCAAUGCUUCAUGGGAGCCUACAGCACUUUCAUGGGAUUUGUUCCUUUCUGAAAAUGUCCACACUUCCACAGAGAAAAAAAUCAGGAUGGGGGAUAUUUUCGUUUUCACCCCAAGAUUAAAAUUGGUGCUUUCUUGCUACUGUCAGCUGGGCAACGAGACUAGUUCCUGCUCCUGGUUCCAGAGCUGCUCCACCUAUUGAAGUCACACCCAACCAAAGGGCAGUGGGAACCUACCUGCUUUGUUGCAGCAAGAAACAGUCCCUGAGAGGCGCGUGAAGUACAUCGCACACUGUAUUGGAAUUCACAAAUGACUACACCACCUAUUGAGGCUGCAAACGCACAGGGGGACUUGCUGCUCUUGGGGCCACUGCCAAGACCUUCGUUUUAUUAGGUCCCCCCUUUUCCCAUAGAGGCUAGGUCACAACUAACUAGGUGAACCUUCCUGGUGGUGUGCAGGUGGACUGGAUUUGUUAUGAGAAAGGUUGCAGGAAAUAUCCCACAGAAAGGUCUUAAUAGCCAGUGUCAAGGAAGGCCUUGGUGGUCUCAAAUUCUCAUACAGCCUUCAGUCCCAACUCAACCUGUACUAGAAGGGUGCGACUGGAUCCGAGCUGUCUUAAUGAGAAAAAGACACCUUUCAGGUGGCUUGGUGCACAAGCUUUGAAACUGGUCAUCUGCCUCCGAAUUCUCCCACUUACUGUGAAACACGCACAGGACGCAGCAUUGUCUAAUCCUUGCGAAGAGGAAGUUUACAGAGAAGGGAAGCGGGCCCAGAAAGGCAGUGACAUUAGGGAUUAUUUAGAGCCCAGAGCUCCACCGCAUCCCCGCAGCCCUACCCCAGGCCAGGUGAGGGCUCUCCCCGCAUCCGGAGGCGGGGUCAGAGAUGCCGCCCACCUGAGGCUUCUAGAACGCUGAGGGACACAGGUGACUUGCACCCCGACGUGACGGAAGCCAUGCUCUACGAGAAAUUCUCGCCUGCCGGCCCCAUCCUGUCCAUCCGCGUGUGCCGCGACGUGGCCACACGCCGCUCGCUGGGCUAUGCUUACAUCAACUUCCAGCAGCCGGCCGACGCGGAGCGGGCACUGGACACAAUGAACUUUGAGGUGAUGAAAGGCCAGCCCAUCCGCAUCAUGUGGUCCCAGAGAGACCCAGGACUUCGCAAGUCGGGUGUGGGCAACAUCUUCAUCAAGAACCUGGAGGAUUCCAUUGACAACAAGGCCUUAUAUGACACCUUCUCCACCUUUGGGAACAUCCUCUCUUGCAAGGUGGUGUGUGACAAUCACGGCUCCCGAGGCUUUGGCUUUGUCCAUUUUGAGACCCACGAGGCCGCACAGCAGGCCAUCAGCACCAUGAACGGGAUGCUGCUCAACAACCGUAAAGUCUUCGUCGGCCACUUCAAGUCCCGACAGGAGCGGGAGGCCGAGCUGGGGGCUCGGGCCAUGGAGUUCACCAACAUCUAUGUGAAGAACUUCCAAGUGGAUGUGGACGAGCAGGGCCUGCAGGAACUCUUCUCUCAGUUUGGGAAGAUGCUGAGUGUGAAGGUGAUGAGGGAUGACAGCGGCAACUCCCGGGGCUUUGGCUUUGUCAACUUUGAGAAGCAUGAGGAAGCCCAGAAGGCUGUGAUGGACAUGAACGGGAAGGAGGUGAGCGGACGGCUGCUCUAUGUGGGCCGGGCCCAGAAGCGGGGGGAGCGGCAGAAUGAGCUGAAGCGCAGGUUCGAGCAGAUGAAGAUGAAGCAGGACCGGCUGAACCGUUACCAGGGUGUGAACCUGUAUGUAAAGAACCUGGAUGAUUCCAUUGAUGAAGAGAAACUAAGGAAAGAGUUCUCUCCCUAUGGAGUGAUCACCAGUGCCAAGGUGAUGACAGAGGGUGGCCACAGCAAAGGGUUUGGCUUUGUGUGUUUUUCCUCUCCAGAAGAGGCGACGAAGGCCGUGACAGAGAUGAACGGGCGCAUCGUCGGCACCAAGCCGCUGUACGUGGCGCUGGCCCAGCGCAAAGAAGAGCGGAAGGCCAUCUUGACCAACCAGUACAUGCAGCGCCUCUCCACCGUGCGGGCCCUGCGCGGCCCGCUCCUGGGCUGCUGGAAGGAGCCCGCCAGCUACUUCCUGCCCGCCGUGCCCCAGCCUCCAGCCCAGGCUGCGUACUACGGCUCUGGCCCACCUGUGCAGCCUGCGCCCAGGUGGACGGCCCAACCACCUAGAUCCUUGUCCGCCUACCCUCCAGCUGCCUCAAUGGCCCAGCCACCGGCCAUGUCUCGGCACCCCCUGUCCCAUGUCAGCAGUGUCCGACAGGUCUCCACCCAGGUGUCACACCAGGUGCCUCACGCUCCAAGAGUUGCCAACAUUGGUACCCAGACCUCCAGACCUGGUGGGGCGGGAUGCUGUACGCCAGGCAAGCCUCUCCUGACACACAGAUAUCCCUCGGCAAUGCCUAGUCCCCAUGGGGUCCAGGAGUCUGCUGUGUGCGUCCCCGGACAGGAGCCCCUGACCGCGUCCAUGCUGGCUGCAGCACCAUUGCAUGAGCAAAAGCAGAUGAUUGGUGAGCGUCUCUAUCCCCUUAUCCAUGACGUCCACACCCAGCUGGCUGGCAAGAUCACGGGCAUGCUGCUGGAGAUCGACAACUCGGAGCUGCUGCUCAUGCUGGAGUCCCCAGAAUCCCUCAAUGCCAAGGUGGGCUGGAGCCUGGGUGGCCGGACGAGGGCUAAGCACAAAGGUGCCUCCUGUGUGAGCCAGCAGGCUGCCGCUUGGACCAAGUUUAUCUUCUUAAUCCCAGCUGGUACCUGGGGAAUCUUGGGGUGGGACAGAGUGAUGCUCUGUAGCUCCCUGGGCGAGGUUUCGGCACAAGGAGCUGUGUUCUGAUUCAGUACCAGGUUUUCCCAGCGGGCCAGCACUGUACAUCUGUCUUGAGAAGGUGACCGUGGGUUUCUGUCAGGGGCGCUUACGAGCAGCAGUCGGAUGAGGGCUCUGUGGAGACGCUGUGGAGGGCGAGUUCUUGUAUCUGCUGUGCCGAGGCAGGUCGGGGCUCUCCGGGAACCCUGCUGGGGCAGCUGCCUAAGCCCCUCC